AUUCUUGGCCUUAGCUGAUUGGACGAGGUGGAGUUGAAAGUCGUUUCUCAUUGGGUAUUUUGGUUGUCAGUCAAAAGUCAUUUUCAGGUUUCAACAACGGCAACCUGAUUGGACAUCCGCCUACGCAUGCGUAGUGUAGUGUAGCUGAACCGGAGGUGGAACAAAUAAAAGAUCUGCUUUCACCAUCGGAUCGAAUCGGAUUUUUUUUCGCGUCUAAGUCAUUUUAAUCGAUGUCAGUGUAGGGUUCUUUGCCUUAACGAUCAGAGUUCACGACAAAUUUUUCCUUGCUCGUAGAAAAGCCGAUGGAGCAAACCGAGGGCUUUACUUUGAAAUCGACCACCGGAAAUGUCAACAUUCGUACUAGACAACAGCUGAAACUCACGAAACAGCGAUUAACUUUGUUACUUUCGGCAAACAUUGUGUCAAUUAGGCACGGUGACAUCGAAUGCAUUAAAAAAGCAUUCAAAAAAACCACUAUUAGCGGGCAGUUUGACCGCUCUAUGCUCGAUCUGAUUUCACUGUGUGGCCUGUGACUCCACCUCCGCAUUCCAGGUCGUCUGGUCGGUGAGGAAGAGGAGGAGAGCCAAGGAAGGCGAGAGAGAGAGAGAAAAGCAGCUGGUCAGUGUCUGUGGAUGUUGAGAUGAAGGGAAGAUGAUCGACAAACACUUGGAAGCUCGUUCUUGAUUAGGCUACGCACAGACUCGGUCCUGCUCGCUGCGUCGACUUCCUUCCCUACAAAGCAAGUUGUGAACUUUUUGCAAACUUUUUUCGUUGUCGGAGGAGGAGGAGGAGGAGGCCACCCGGGACGGCGUCAUGGAGAUCCUGGACUCGAGUGAAAGCUUCCUGCACUGGGACCGCAACCUCAGCGAGCUGUCCGAAGCCGGAGACAUGGACUGCGCCCUCUACACAAACCACUUCUCGGAGCUUCUGGAUGACCUCUCCCACGACGCUCUGCUGGGACAGCUGCUGAGCGACCCCUUCCUGUCGGGGGUGCAAGGCGGCGCCAGAGGCUUGGGGGGCGACGACGAGGAAGGCGAAGACGGCGGCGACCUGUGCCCGUCCUCGUCACCGCCGCCGCACAUCGCCGCCGAGCACAGCUACUCGCUCUGCGGCGACAGUCGGCCGCAGUCGCCGCUUUCGCACCUCACCGGGGAGCGCGGCAGCGACGCAGAAUCCGAAGGCGACUCAUCGGAGUGGCCCAUGGAGCAGGACGACGGAAUGGAGGGUCUCCUGUGCGACGCGCCGUCCCUCCUGCCCGCCCUGGCCCUCGCCCUGGGGAACGCCGAGGACCCCCAUGUUGCCGAGGACCGCGCCGCCGCCGGCCGCAACCACGACAAAAGCGUCAAGGUCAAAGAGGAGAAGGUCUUCCCCCAGAUUAAACUGGAACCGCACGAAGUGGAUCAGUUCCUGAAUCUGUCUCCCAAAGGUCUCGAGGCACUGCAGAUGCCCCCCACCCCGCCCAGCUCGCACGGCAGCGACUCGGAGGGCAGCCAGAGCCCCGUGCACGCCCCGCCAGGCCUGUCCCGCCCCACCUCGCCCAGCAGCCCCGCGCCGGCGCAGCCCGCUCUCAAGGCGUCGCCCCGCGGGAGCUCUUCCUCCUCGCUGUCCAACUCGCCUCUGCUCACCGCCGCCCACAAACUUCAGGGCUCGGGACCGCUGAUGCUGACGGAGGAAGAGCGCCGCACGCUGGUGGCCGAAGGCUACCCGGUGCCCACCAAGCUGCCGCUCACAAAAGCUGAGGAGAAAGCGCUCAAGAAGAUCCGCAGGAAAAUCAAAAAUAAGAUUUCCGCUCAAGAGAGUCGCAGGAAGAAGAAGGAGUACAUGGACACCUUGGAGAAGAAGGUGGAGACAUGCUCCAACGAAAACAACGACCUGAGGAGGAAAGUGGACACGCUGGAGUGCACGAACAAGUCUCUGCUGCAGCAGCUGCAGGCGCUGCAGGCUUUGCUGUCCGGAAAAGUGUCCAAGUCGUGCCGUGUGGUGGGCACGCAGACGUCAUCCUGCCUCAUGGUGGUGGUGUUGUGUUUCGCUCUCUUUUUGGGAAGUUUCUACCCAGCCGGCCUGGCCCCCAACCCCGGCACCGCCGCCGGCGGCCGGGCCUCCGAGCAACUGGCGGUCAAAGAGUCGUACGCCGCCACGGUCAAGUCCAGAAGUCUGCUGUCCACCUUUGAGGACGAGCCGCCGCACCUGCUGGGCCUCGGCGGCGAGUACCCCGACCGUUGGGAGGACGCGGACGCCGCCGUGGUCAUGGCGGCGUGGCGGCGUUCGGGCGAGCAGCAAAAAAGCACAGCCGCCGCCACGGCGGCGGCGGAGGAGACCAGCCAGGCGGAGACGCACCCGCCUUUCCGUAGUCAAAGCAACAAAACCAGCACGUCAAAUGGCAUCCACAGGCCUCUGGAGCAGAGGGCGAAAAGCAUCGCCUUGGAGCGAAGCGUCAACGAGACCUCCUGAGAGUCGACCCCCCCACCCCCCGAAACCUUCCCAGUUUCCGUGUCCUUGAACAAAGCUCCUGACUGCCACUGCUGAGUCGGCUCCUGUCCGACAACUCCUGUCCAAAGUAAAUGUGCACUGAAGAGUUGUGUGAGAGUUGUUUUGAGUUCAUCAGCAUGCUCAUCCUGGCAAAAUCCCUUGCCGGGAUGAAUCCUGAAGCGUCUGUGGACAAAAGAGGCGAGGACACCCCCCCCCCCCCCCCCCCCCCCCCCUCAAUUUUUUUCGUUUUUUUUUUUUUUUUUUUUUGUUCCCCCUCCAAAGAUUAUUGCUCUCUUUUAAUAUUUGAUGUUUUUAUUCCAUCCCAAUGCCGUUCGUGUACAUCCUUUUUUUUUGUCUAUUUUUUUUUUUCUCGGUUAAACGUUUGCAUAUUGUUUGUAUCAUUUCCUAAUGUGCCUUAUUGCAUUCCCUGCGCUAGUUUGGUGAAUCAGAAAUGCAGAAUAUUUGUAAAUGUUGACAGAGUACCGCAAAGCCAGAAAAGGGAUGCAGGAUGUUUAUAGUUAGCAUUUUUUUUAGCUUAGCACGAUUAGGACAGGAAGCAGAAAAUGGACCCCCCUCCCCUUCCACCACCCCUACCUUGUUGAAUUACCCAAUCAAAGAAUUUGAUACCUUCAAGCUCCGACAAGGUGCUUCUCUCUUCUCCUUGAAAGCGCACGAAAGACAAACAAAAUAUUUCCAUUAUACUUCAGGACGCCUUGCACAACGGUGCUUUGUUUUCUUCUUUUUGCCUUACAGACUUUCACGCGCAAUCUUUCAGCAUUUGCCAAAUAACCCCCCCCCCCCACCCGCACACCCCCCCAAAAUCUUUUUUAGUAUCUAUUUUUGUAAAUAUGACUUGUAAAUAAGUGAUAUCCCUCAUCCUCACCGUUUUGGUCACGGCCAAUCACCAGUUUAACCGGUUUUAAGGACUUCAUUACAACCUUAAAGAUGUCAAAUAUUGAUGUCAAGACAGAUUGACGGGAAAACGAUGAACUCGUCCUGACUGAAAGGAGCAGCCAGCGGACAGCCUUCUCCCCCAUAUGUAUAUUUUUCUGUCUUUUUUUUUCGCUUGCAAAAUAAAGUAUUUUCCUGAGUAAAAGCAUCA